UGUCGGUCAAAAAAUCAAAUUUUUAUAAUAGUUCUCCAAGAAAAAAGAAGCGAGUUUCAGAAAUGGAACUUUACAACGACCCAACAACCCGUGCAAAACAGUUUGGUGCGUCGUCCAGUUAUAUUGCCGAUGCCGCAUACUCGUUACAGGAAAAGACCACUGCAAAUGUGGCAUUUGUGGCCAUCUCGGAGACCGAUAGAGUGGUCUCGCAUGCUACUCCUCCCGGUAUGGUCAACACCUUAGGUCGACAUGGAUAUGCUCGAAGGGAGCCAGUGAGCAGAUACAGAGUUGCAGAAAAAGAUCUUGAUCUCACAGAGCAGGGUGUAAAUGAAUUGAUGUUGUUGGAGCAGCAGGCCCAGAAGGCUAUUGUAACUAUCGUGGAGGAGCAGGUCCGACACCAUGAAGACUAAAAUCACGCGCUUAGCAUGGCUUGUUGUA